AUGUCCUUCCUCCUCCACGGCAGCACAGGACACACAGGCAUGGGCUGGGUCGAUCUCGUGCCUCGGGCGGGUAAACUCUACAUCGGCGGCCUCUACGCCCUAUACCAAGGCGACUUGAUAGAUAAAGCAGGCAUAACGCAUGUGCUAUCAGUGAUAGAUUAUGACCCUUUACUACAGGAGAAGUUUAGUUUCCACAUCCGCUCAGAAGACCACCCAAACACCAACUUGCUCCAAGACUUUACCCCCGCCGUCCAGUACAUCGACUCGGCCCUCAAUCAUGAAAAAGGCGGUGUAUUCAUCCACUGCGCAAUGGGAAAGUCCCGGUCCGCAACACUCGUCUGCGCAUACUUGAUCUGGAAGUACAACAUCACCCCUGCCGCAGCGCUGGAGCAACUAUGUGAGGGACGACCGGUGUGCGAUCCUAACCCGGGGUUUAAAGAGCAGUUGGAAGUGUGGGGGGAUAUGUGUGGAGUUAGUAGCGAGGAAGAGAAGAGGAAUGUGUAUGAGGCGUGGGAGAAGGAUAGGUUCACAGGGGAAGUAUGGGAAUGGGAAGCUCGCUUGGAUAAAUCUCGAGAACAGCAGUCACACGACAGCGUGGCGAGGUCAAAGUUGUAG